AUGGAAGACUCUCAGUAUAAUGUAGCAGGAGCAACCGACCCCAUCACGGGCCAUGGCAGGCCGAUACGUCGACGCAACCGCAUGAUCAACUCAUGCCUCGAGUGCAGAAAGCGGAAGCUCAAAUGCAGCAAGACCUCACCCACGUGUACCAACUGCAGCAAGGCUGGCCGGGACUGCCUAUACAUCGGGCCCCGCCUCGACAUUGCAAGCCAGCUCCGCCUCACCGAGAUCAAGGAGAAGCAAGGGACGCUGGAGCGCGAGCUCGAGCGAGAUGUUGCAAAGUCGACGACGGCGAAGAGCGGUGACCCGGCCCACCGGACCCUCGCUGACGAGGUGGACGACAGGCAUGACGAAGAUCGUGAUCUCGAGGCAACCCCGCUCGUUGCUCUUGACCUGACGUACGAGGAUGACGCCGACAGUACUGACAAUAUGAUAGAUCUUGGCAUACAGAUUGGCAAGAUGCGUAUCACGGAGCGCAUUGGCGGCCUCUCUAGGCCAAGGAUUGCUGAAGAGCUUGCUACUGGCAUAUCAGGGUGGCAUUCUUCUCAGUGCUCCCCUCAGCCUCCUCAGAGCUCACUGCAGACAAAGGACUAUGGGACGGAUGCUGAGAUUCCCGACUUCCUGCGUCCUGGCAGCGAAUAUUUAGUUCCCACAAGCGGUUUUUACUUCACUCAGCUGCCCACCAUCCGUGACGAGGCGGCGCCAAUAACAGAGCUUCUCCCGCAUAGGGUAGGCGCAGAUAGGCUUAUGAAGCAGUACUUCACAGCAGUGCACGCGAUAGCUCCGUGUACACACAGGCCGUCGUUGGAAGUUGCCUACACGCUAUUCUGGGCCGAGGUUGACAUGGGUUACGAGCCACGCCCAUCGACACAAGCUCUAAUAUUUGCUGCCUUGUUCAGUGCAGUAGUGUCCAUGGACGAGGGCGCGGCAUACAAUGAGCUGGGCAACACAAAGAAGCAGUGGAUUGCGAGUCUGAAGCUUGGCACAGAAUCUGCCUUGAGCAAGGCCAACUUCUUGCGCACCACGAGAGUAGAAACCUUGCAGGCUUUCGUCAUGUACAUGCUCCCCCUAUGUAGAGCAGAAGUAUCUCGAGCACACUCGGUGCUUGUGGCAUCUGCUGUUCGGGCAGCGGAAUGCAUGGGCCUCCACCGGGAUGGCCAGGCAUAUGGACUGUCUCCCGUCGACACACACGUGCGUCGUCUCAUUUGGCACCAGCUGUGUUUUUUGGACAUUCGCACUUGCGAGGCACAAGGACCUCGGCCAGUCAUCAGAAGGGAAGAAUACGACACCAAGCUUCCACUAAACUGCAACGAGACAGAGUUGACCAACGUGGAACCAGGGCCAGCGAAUGCGGAUCACUGGACCACAAACACCAUUGCACUCAUAAGAUUUGAAAUCAAUGAGAUGAUGCGAUCCAUCUGGGUAGACCGAAGGCGGCUCGAGACCCGCAAGACGACACUCACCGCAGUGCUUACCAAGGUCGAGCACUUUCGGCGGAAGAUGUCUGAAAAGUACGACCACAUGCUCGACAUGGAGGAUCCCCUGCAACGAUAUACAAGAGUUGUCAUGCACCUGCUGACGUAUCGCCUUCACGUCAUGGUUCUACAUCCAUACCACUCCAAUGCUGCGUCCGCCAUGCCACGCAAGUUAAGCCACUUGCUCAUAACUUCCGGCGUGCUGAUUGCAGAACUAGCGAUCCAGCUCGAGACCAAUCACAACUUUGGGGCGUGGAAGUGGUACUUGGGUGCAUAUUUCCAAUACCAAAUCGCACUUCUCCUUGCCACCGAGGUGUACUUUAACCCAAGGAGUCGAGAGGCGGGGCGCAUAUGGUUCUGUCUCGACUAUGUGUUUGGCCUAGACCCGCGACUCGCUCCCGAGACGAAAUGUAUACGGCUUCUGGGAGAGAUCUCAGACAAGACUAAUGUCUACAUGCAUAUACGCAAGAUGCGAGGACCUAAUGAAGUAAGCCGGGCCGUUCCAGCACAUCACGUAGUGUCAGGCACAGCCAAGGAACAGCCACGGCGACAGCACCAGGAUCAACUGGCAGGCUUCUCCUUCAACGAGCCACUAGCUCCAAGAGCAUCCCAAUCAAUUAACCAGAACCCAAUGAGCUACACUGGAAGUCGCCCAGAACAAAAUUCGAGGUAUUCUUCUGUGCCUGUACAGGCACAGCUUAUUGCGUCGCAGCCGACAAUCCCACUUACACAUCAACUUCAGCAGCAACCACAGAUGGUGUUCGCUGGUGUCUGUGAUGGUCAGGCGUUAUGGUCUCUGCCUCCAAAUCCUAACAACAGCUCUCCUAGCAGCGACACCGCAAGCGCGCCUGCAAAUGAAGCCAUCACUGGGGCGGUCCCGCAAGACAGCAUCAUGGACACAAUAGACUGGGAUGCCAUGAGUGGUUUGUUCCCAGUAGACCCACAGACUGGCGCGUAUAGUGCCCAGGGCUUCAUCGAUCCGAAUUUUGGCAUACUGUGCGGCUGGCAGCAGGAUUAGAUAUACUCUGGGGAAGAACGGCCGGCACUCUCAAAUGUUCAAGGUAUCACGCAACGGUGGAGAGGCAGCAUAUUCACUACUUCGGACAACGUCCCAAUUAACAUUCAAUACUUCCAUUCAACUACCUUUCCCAGACUGUAGUACACGAGAAGUCUACUUCACAACGACCAAACAUUAGGCUCAGUCUCUUCACAUUUCACUUUUCCU